AUGGCUGAUGUCUAUCUUUGUAUCUACGACAUGUCGCAUGGUUUCUCGCGCGCUUUUUCACAAUUGCUUACUGGUCGACAAUUCGAUGGUAUAUGGCAUACGGGCGUAGUUGUCCGGGAUACCGAGUAUUUUUUCGGAGCUGAAGGAAUUGGCCGUUGUAAACCUGGAGAUGCGAAUGUAAACGGCAUCAGGUGUCAGCUUGUCGAAAGAAAAAUUAUGGGGCAGACCAGCCUAUCUGAAUCGGAAUUGCAGGCCUACUUGGACGAACUAGUUAAGACAACGUUUCGGCCUGGAUCAUACAAUACCCUCCGCCAUAACUGCAACACAUUUUCUGCCCAUGUUAUAAAACACUUGACAGGGAAUUCUAUUCCGUCCUACCUAACCGAUUUGCCGUCAGAUGUUUUACAGACUCCCAUUGGCCCCCUGGUUCAACUGAUUACAGAAGGAAAAGUCGAUAUAACCGGACCGACGGCAUCAAGAAGUUCAAACGAGAAAGCGGCCACUCUUUUAGACGAGGUCAAGCCAGUCUUGUACGACGAGCCGCUAUGUAGUGAAUACUCAGGGAAAAGCUUAGACGCUCUCUUCUCGAGUCCAAGAGCAGACCUGGCUUCCCAAUGGGCAUCUGAAGCUCUGAAAAAGUUGCGUUCCUUAACCCUUCCAGUUUUGCCGAAGGAUAACUGCGAUACGGACACAUAUUGUUUACUACGUUUCAAUCGUUUUGCUACAUUUCGCCAGUGUGACGCGAUAUGCGAAAUUUUCCGAUUAGCAGUAUGGCGUUUUCCGGAAUUUCUCAACGGCCUUUUCACUGAUCCGCUUAAGAAUUUGCACGGACUUGCUGACACAUAUCCACCAGAAAAGGGCAAGGCUUCUCACAGUGAAUAUUUUAAUUUGGACACCUCAAAGGCUCGUCUCUUGUGUAAUUGCAUCGGUCUUUCCCCAAAAUCCCUAACUAGUUCUCUCCAGUUGGAUCCACUCGUGCAGUUAUGCAUUCGACUCAUUGGUUUAGAUUCGUCAGAGUUAGAUCUCAAAUUCAGAUCCCCAGAACAUGAACUUGCUGGCAUUUCGUUAAGUCUCAAUCUAUCUCUCUGCUUAUUCAUGCAGGAUUCGGAUGCUUUGGAGUUAGCUGCCAGUCUUUUUCAUCUCAUUGAUAUGAAACGCAAUUUUAAGCACCCCACUGAGGCCUGCUACGUUUUGCGGACGACAUAUGUUCUUGUAAAGCGAUUUGACGACAUAGCCUCCCUGGCUAAGGCUCUUAAUGUUGGAGAGCAUGUAUCAGAGCUUUUAAAUCAAGCGGAGGAUGCUUUCGAUGCAGAUGCUACUGCUAAAUCCAACAAUAGUCACUUGAAUUCCGUCGAAAUUGAUCGCCGGAUCGCUGCGGAGUUGUCAGCUAUGCUUAACUGA